CGGUUUCCUUCGUUUCUGUUCAGAGAUUAGCAAUCCGAUCCAAUGAUUAUACAAGAAAAUAAGCUCUUCUUGAGCGUACAUCGCGCGUAAUUUCGUUAGAGAGAAAAACGAGAAAGACAUAAAAAAAAAUCGCGACGAGAAGACGAAGACGAGCCGGUGCGGAAGCUGCGCGUGACAGGUGACGUGACGGGAGAGCACGACGGGAUCUUGCGCGUUACGGACCUCGUGUGCGUGUGGGGCGACGUAGUGGACGGCAACGUACGAAGUGGUGCGCGAGGGACAUGUUUUCGGGUUAGUGGUCGGGGAGGCAAGGGAGGACGGAUCGACUACGUUCGGCCGGUGGGCGAGCGAGCGGCGGCACAGACGAGAAACUCGUCGGCGGCAGUGGACGAACGGUAGCGGACGGCGGCAGCGGAGCGUCGGUGCUAAAAGGCGUGGACCGUCAUCGCUCGAGCGCGACGAGACCGCGUGUGCGAGAUAUCGGACUCUCAUUUUUUUUCUCUCUCUCUCUCUGUCCCUCUCUUUUUUUUUUUUUUUUUUUCACAUCCACCGCCGCUGCCGCCUCCGCCGCUUGACGGUGACGAUAAAAUUCGCGAUCGACGCGGGUCAGUCCUUAUUCGAGUUCGUGGAGGCACGACGGUACAAAGUGACAGCGCACACGCCUCUCGCGGAUCGCUCGCAUUACGUUUCGCGGCGUACUUCAUCACGCGAAGGGAAGUAACGACGAUCACGGAAGAACAAGAAGAACCGUCGAGGUUGUUGCCUCCGCGCUUGCUGUUCUCGAGCGCGGAAGGUGGUGCGUCGCGUGCCGCGCGUUUAUGUGCGCGGUCAGGUGACAGGAGGAGAGACGACGACGACGACCGUGUGGAAUUGCUACCUCGGUCGCCGUUUCUACCGCGAGAUUAUAUAGUCGUCGACGAGCCGCCGCCGGCUACGUGGUGCACGAGAACGAAGGACCGAACGCGGGACGUGGAGGACAGGGAAGAACCUCGCGAGAAGGUGAACGGAAGGAUACCGAGCAGAUCUUAUUCAAGAUGACGAGCGCAGUGACAAAUCUGGUACAUAGAUAUAGGGACCUUAUGGACAAUCAGUCCGAUCCCAGGGUAAACGAUUGGGUAUUGAUGAGCAGCCCUUUUCCGACCCUAAUAAUAUGCCUGUCGUACGUUUACAUUAGCAAGUUUUUGGGACCGAGACUGAUGGAAAACAAAAAGCCUUUCGAUCUUCGCAGGAUCCUCGUAAUAUAUAACCUCAUACAGACGCUCUUUUCCACUUGGAUAUUUUACGAGUAUUUGAUGAGCGGCUGGGCGAAAGACUACAGUAUCCGAUGCCAGCCGGUGGACUAUUCGUACAGUCCAAUGGGCCUUAGAAUGGCGAGAACCUGCUGGUGGUAUUAUUUUAGCAAAUUUACCGAGUUCUUCGAUACGCUAUUCUUUAUUCUGAGAAAAAAGAAUCAACAAGUCUCAACGCUUCAUGUAAUUCAUCACGGGGUAAUGCCCUUCUCCGUAUGGAUGGGGGUGAAAUUCGCACCAGGCGGUCAUAGCACUUUCUUCGCCCUUCUAAAUACCUUUGUACACAUCGUGAUGUACUUCUAUUAUAUGGUAGCCGCGAUGGGACCACAGUAUCAGAAGUACAUUUGGUGGAAAAAAUAUCUUACUAGCUUGCAAAUGAUUCAAUUCGUGCUGAUCAUGUGCCAUCAAUUCCAAUUGCUCUUCACCGAGUGCAAUUAUCCACGAGGUUUCAUGAUCUGGAUUGGUCUGCACGGUGUUCUAUUCCUCGGACUGUUCUCGGACUUUUACAAAACAAAAUAUGUGAGCGGCACCAGGAGCAAAAGCUCCGCGAAGAAGAUGCACAACGGUACGUCCGGUGGAGGUUGUAUGCCGAUUUUGGAUGAGAACGGCAGCGCGACUCACAACGGCGUGUCUUCAUAUGCCACGAUCUACAACAAGGAGUACAACAGCUGUUAUAGCAACGGCACGAACAAUGGUUAUGUCGCCAACAAUAACAUCACAGAUAAAAAGCUUGCUUAGGACACGUCGCGGCCUCAUUGGAAGCUCGAACAUUUUAGUCGAUGUGUCGGUCAUCUACUCGUCUCGUCGUAUCAAUUACAUUUGUCUAUCAUGAAAAAUUAUCUCACAAUAUGUUUACGAAUUUAUACGCGAAACUGCGAAACCAAACUACACUUAUGUGUAAAGAGAAACGAAGAGACGAUGAGAUUUCCGAACGAAAGAGCGGACGUGUAUAAAGCGAGACAUCUCGUUAUAUAUUCUGCAUUGUUAGCAGAGCAGAAGUUGUGUUCACUAACAUAGUGUCAUCGAUAAGACGGCUGUUAUGACGUCCGUGUUUAAAAAAAAAUAGAAUAAAGGAUAGAAAAAAACGCGCGAUGCAACUGAUCAUUAACUGCGCAAAUUUUAUUUUCCAGUAUAUUACAUAAAACAUAAUGUGAUCUUUAAAUUAGAGCCUUGUAAUAUCUGCGAUGACAUCAUCCAAAAUUAUUAACAAUGUAAAUAAGAUAAUUAUCUAAAAAAUAUAAAAUUAUGAUUUUUAUAUUUGGCAUUAUAUUUGACAAAAUUAUACUAAAUUUUUACAUUGCAAAUAGCUUGAAUAAGCUAACUAAAAAAUGAUCAGAUUUGCUAUAAAAAUAAUGCGAGAGCAAGUCGAAUUAAAGCGCACACAUACGACGAAGAAUGCAGAGCAUUCAUCAUCGAUAAUUGGCAAGGACGGCGUGUUCGCUAUGCGUGUAUUGUUUGCUGGUUGUGUACGUGUUGAGUACAAGCGUGGAUGUUGUUUAGUUAUACGUAAUUUUUUCAAGUCAUUUUCCAUUGAGGCACACUACUGGAACUAAACCCUUUCCCUUUAUUAUUAUAAUCAACUAUUUUUUCUCUUCCCCCUUUCUCUCCUCUUUC